UUUACAGAUUAAUAUUAAACUACUCAAAAUCAUGUGAACUAAGAUAAGCUCCAAGAAAAAGUGCUUCAAUUAAGUGCAACGAUAACAAAAAAGUUAAAUUAUAACAAAAAAAGCAACUAUUGAGGAAUAAAUAAUGACAACAACAAUAGAGAUAAGAGCAAUUCAUACACCUACAAAAGCUACAACAAAGACAAGAACAACAACAGAGACCAGAAAAACAAAACGAAACACUAAAAGAACAAUAAGAAAAACCAAACAAUUGCUUAAGAGACUACAGCAACUACAACUACUAAAAGAAAAACUGCUAAAUGAAACUAAAAGUAAAUCAACAGCAGCAAUAACAACAACAACAAGAGAAACACGUACACAAACAAAAACACAAAAACAAAGAUAAAUUUGUGCAAUAAAAACCAUUAUAAAAAGAAAGAAAAUCUUCUUUUUUGCGAAAAAAACUUUACGAUUUAAUACCUCUUCCUCUAUCCUGAAAAAAGAAGGUCUAUGGAAAUCCAAUACAAAACUUUACAACUACCACCAUUACCGCCACCUUUAGCACUACCACCAUCACUACCACCACCACCCACAGCAGUCACUGCAGCAAGACAAGUUAAACCAAACGUCUCGUUACUAGAACCUUUUGUUGAAAGCUUUCAGUAUACGUAUUGGCAUCCGCUUGACAUUACAAUAAUACCAUCGCCAGCAACAACAAACUGCAGCUGUUGUAGUGAUAAUGAGGAAAUUAGUCAUUUGCCUUUUAGUUUUUGGGCUCUACGCAAUACAGACAGUAGUGGGACAUAUGAACAGUGACCCAGCGCCAGGACGUUCACCAGGACCACCUGUAGAUUUCGCAAUAAACCCAACCAGAAUAACAAACGACGAAGAUAUAUUAGACAAUAACACCAGCAAUAACAAUAACAACAACAAUGUACAUGUAAAUAACGAUAAUGUUGCUACCACUAAUGCUGCAACAACAUAUAUACAAAGCCAACAACAGCAAAUAGAUAUUAACCACAAAAACAAUUUACAACUAAACCACAAUAAUAACAACAACGAACCGGAUGUUAAGUCGAGUGAUACUGAAUCACUUAAUGACUCUUACCGACAUUUAACAACAAACACACAAUUCAAUGUUCAUAAUAAUGAGGCCAAUGAAGGUGAUAAUGAUGAUAAUGAACAACAUCAGCAACAACUAAAUAAAAUUGGAAAAAAUGCUAAUGAUGAAAUAACCUCUUUUCCAGUGGCCACUGAAACAUCAUCUCGUUUAGAAGAUGCAAUUAAUUUUCAAUUAUCAAAUGAAAACAAUUAUCGUAGUCCUUUAGAUAAUAAACAGCAUAAACAGAACAAUGAUAAAACCACAUAUAAUUAUCCAACAAAUAGUGGGGAAUCAACAAUUACGCUUACGGAGAAUAAUGGCAAACAACAAGUGGAGGCGGUGGAUGAGCUGGAACAGUUGACACUACAGAAAAGUAUUGAUUUAUGCGCCAGCACACAUGAAAAGUUACGUCAACAUACGAAAACAAUACCCGCCAUAUCAACUCAAACACAUGCACAAUAUAAGAAUGGCAAUAUGGAAACAUCUUCAACAACAUUGUUUUCCGCCAUGCCAGCCUCCAGCUCAUCAGUGUCAGCCUCAUCGUCAGCAACAGCAUCAUCAUCAUCAUCUUCAGCCUCUACAUCAUCCUCCUCCUCUUCGUCUUCUUCUUCUUCCUCCUCAACAUCGUACUCAUCUUGUCAUUCAGAUCUCAAUGAUUUUCUCAAUGAUGUUACUGUGAUUGAAGUUGAUGAUGAUAAUAAUGACAGUUUUACAAACGCCUCGAACACCUCUUCCUCCUCCCAAACACAGUCAUUGCCACCAUUAUUGCAGGGCUUUAAAAUCCAAUUGCAACUUUAUCAUGAUGUCUUUGAUGCCUCAACCGCAUUUGGCAUCAACUGCGGUUUGCUGUAUAAAAUACGUCUAACAACAAGUUUGCCAACAGAGCCAUUACAAACUUCUCACUCAACGGCAACAGCAGCGUCAUCUUCAACAUCAUCAGCAGCAACACCAGAAAUGCAAAAUCCAACAAUCCGUCAAUACACAGGAGAUUUCUUUGUUGAAACUGUUUCGCUCUUAAGUUCCCAAGAACGUGGUAGUUUUGUAACAAACAGUGAUAGUGGAACGAGUGAUGAUGCUAACGAUUCUAAUGGUGGCGGUAGCGAAGAUGUUAGUAAUGGUGGCAGCAGUAGUGAAAUCUUAGGCAACAAGUUGCCAAUUUCAUGGUUCGCCACAUCUCAGCAUACGGGGAAUUGGCAAAUGAAAAGUAGCGCCAAUGCACCCAAACAUACAAACGCUCAAGCGUUAACAAAAAACUUGUAUAAUUCUAAUUCUAUGUCUGAGGAAGAAACACAAAAUGGCCAAGAUGGUGAUGGUGUUGACGACACUGGAAAGAAGGAAUCUCUUGAAGUAAAAGAAAAUGUUGAUAAUAUACCAUCAAAUGGUUUUUAUAAGGCAACAAAAAAUGGCUUUAAGCUAAAACAACAACAACGACAACAACAACAUGAUACAAAUUACAGCAAUAAAUGGCAUUAUGUAGAUAAUGUAGCUACAUCCUCCUCUUCCUCGUCCUCCUCAGCUACUAAGAAAAAACGCAGAAAAUCAGCCGAGAUUGAAACUACAACAAACAUCUGUUCAUCGGAAAAUAAAUGGCAGGGUAGAACAAAAAGCAAUACUAAUGCUGCUGGCGGCAUUAGUACUGAAUCCCUGGGUUUAUGGUUGGUAAACGAGCUUUGCGAGCAAGACGAUACCAUUGAGUUUAGAGUGUUUUUUCGCUUGAAAUUCAAAACGAACAACUUGCGUAGCAACAGUAACAACAGCUCGUAUUCCAGUAAUAAUGUCUGGUUAAAUGCUAGUGGCAAUAUGGGUCAUCGUAGUGCCAGUGCAACAAAUGUCGAUGAAGCACAAAAAAUAGUGGUAUAGAAAACUUUUCAAUUUCAAAUACGCAAAGACUGCCAUUUAAUAUUACGUGAAACUUCUAUGGGUACUUUGGACUAUACCAUUCUGCCUUUAUACUGCAUAGAUUGUACAGUACAUUUUCCCUCCUAUAAACAUCUCAACAAUAAAAACGAGGCCUCUGAACUCAAUCAACCACCUCCGGGCAUGCUCGUAGAGCUACAACGUCUCAAUGUACCCUGUGCCAGUGGUGGUUAUGUACGCUUUAGCGAUCAUAAGGUAUUAUGUGGCAAACUCGAAGAAUUAGAGGCCACCGAUCGUGUCUAUCAUUUUAAUGUUGAGGAUGACGAGGCCUCCGUGCAAUUCUAUAGGAAUCCUAUGUUUAGCUUAAGUUAUAAAUUAGUCGAUUAUUGUUAUAAUGUAAAUACAAGUAAUGGAAGUGGUGAAUUUUAUAUACGACCAAGUAUGAAAGACACUUUGGAGUGUUACUUUCGUAUACAUCUGCCAUAUGGGAAUCGUGUACUGCUGCGUAUGGUGACCAAUAAUGACAGCGAUAUCUUACCCAUGCCGACCUUGAUGUCGGAUGUUGGUGUAGGCGAUGCUGUACAGGAGGAGGAAUUGUAUACGAUCUUUACGAGUCAGGGGGCUACAGUAGAUGCACAAGUGAUAAAUUUAACUGUAAAUAGUGGUAAUAAUUUUGGUGCUUAUUCUUCGUUUUCGUCGUCAUUAAUGCCAUUUUAUAAACUGCCUGAUAUGAAUGCAACAAAUAAUCGUAAGUUAAUGGGAGAACAUAAGGCCUUCGCUAGUCUAGGCUUGGAUUCCUUUGGAUUUUUGGCAGCCACUAAGGCCAAUCUGCAAAUGGCCUUUUCGGGCACGGCCAAUUGUGUGGGUGUGGUGAUAAAGGUCUUUGAAAAUGAUCAUUCCAAGUGGUCACAUUGUGUCAAUAAUACCAAACAUAUGCGUGGUUUUAUCUUGGAAUCCUCUAGUAAUACCCUAAGUGUACAUCUUUUUCGUGCUGGCUCGUCUACUAAGGAGCAUAACAGAGAAGAACGUAGAACGUCAUCAGCUCAGCAAAUAAGUAGACCUUUAAUGCCCGCUAUUUAUUUGUCUUAUCAAGCACGACCUUUAACUAAUAUUGUCUCAAAUUGUGCCUUCGGUUGGAUUGCUAUGGAGCAAUUUUGCAUAGCAGCCAUUGAACUGUCCAUGAAUUGGCAUGAGGCCGAGAAACACUGCUCCAAAUUGGGAGGUCACUUAGUAUCGGUGCGCAAUGAGCAACAGCAGCAGACCAUCAAUGAAUUGUUGCUUAAUAGUCCCGGUUACACCGAUCAAAAUGCCUAUUGGGUGGGUGGUUCGGAUAAAAGUUAUGAGGGUGACUUUCGUUGGAGUGAUGGUUUGACAUUUCAAUAUACCAAUUGGUUUCCGGGCUGGUCACAACAUGGUCAUUACAAUAAACAACCCAACGAUGAUGGUCUUAGUAGUCAGGAUUGUAUAGAGCUCAGACGUUACUUUCGCACACCACCCGGUGUGCAAAGCAGUCGUAGUCCUUUAACCAACAAAUACAUGUGGAACGAUAGAGACUGUAGUGCCAAUAACUUUCUAAUCUGUGAAAGAGCCAUGAGUGAUGAUUCCUUGAGACGCAAUUGGAUCAACGAUUGCAAUAAAACAGUAUCAUUGACUAAAGAACAUCCAAGAGCUUCCAUCUGGAGUCCCUCAUUUCCCCGCCAAUAUCCCGACAAUGCAAAUUGUUUUACAACAAUUACAGCACCAGCGGGUUAUCGUAUAGUCAUCGAAUUUGAAGAACUUGUCAUAGAAAAUGAACAAGGUUGUACUUAUGAUUAUCUAGAGAUUACCGAACCCAAACUCUCAGAAUCUCUUAGAUCGUCUACAAAAUCGACAUCUUCCAAAUAUCGUUAUGCCCCAAGUAUCGAUAGCAAUAUACAGAACAGUCUUAAUCUUAAUCUCAAAUUUAACUACAAUAAUCCUAAUUUAAGAACGUUUCGUAAGCGCAGCUCUUAUGAUUCUACAACAUCAUCAGCAAAUAGUUUAAGAUAUCUGCCCAACUCGGCAAUGACGGCUGAUCAUGUCUAUGCACCAAAUACUGACUACAACGGUUACGAUUUGGCUCAAAAUAACUAUCAAAAACUAUUACAAAUCUAUUCCAGUCUUUAUAGUCCACGUAAUAAUUUCAUUAUACAAACUCCCGAUUAUCCCAAAGGAAAUCCAUAUUUGCAGCAUCCCUCCACCACUUCGAAUAGUCAUAAUCAUCAUAGCAGUAACAAUAACAACAACAAUAAUAAUAAUAAUAAAGCUAAUCAAGAAGUUUUACCCAAACGUUUAUGUGGCGAUUGGAGUACCAAACUAAAAUUGUUGCGUUAUGUUUCCACUGGCUCCUAUUUGGGUUUACAUUUUGUUUCCGAUUACUCUCAUCAUUUUGGCGGUUAUAAGGCUAAAACUUAUAUGGAAAAUAGAAGUCAUUCGUUUAGUGGUAAGUUGCAUUCGUAACGUAUGAUUUCUGUUCAUUUCAAUUG